AUUCAAACUCAUGCCCAUUGAGUUGGUGAUGCUUCCAACCAUGAGGAUGGGGCUGUUUAAACGUAGAGAACACGACCAAUCAGAAUGAUGCUCUGCUUCCAGGCUGCAAAUCGCCAGCAGCACUUUUCAGCAGGACUGUUCUGAAAACUCGGCAGGUAGCCCCGCUCUAAGUGCCCUGAACCGCCGGGGGUCAGAGGGAGCCCAGCCCCGAGGGGCGGAGCCUGCAUCUGCGCCUGUGCCUCAGCCCUGGCGCCCCGGGGUGAUUCCUGCGGGUCAUCGCUCCGCGCACUGCAUCUAGCUCAGAGGCCAAGAGCCGCGGUUCCCUUCUGAAGGCACCCCGACGCCCUGCACACCGGCCAUGUCGUCCUCCACCCGCGUAGCGCUGGUCACCGGGGCCAACAAGGGCAUCGGCUUCGCCAUCGUGCGUGCCCUGUGCCGGCAGUUCCAGGGAGACGUGGUGCUCACGGCGCGGGACGAGGCGCGGGGUCGGGCGGCCGUGCAGCAGCUUCAGGCCGAGGGCCUGAGCCCCCUUUUCCACCAGCUGGACAUCGACGACCGGCAGAGCAUCCGCGCCCUGCGUGACUUCCUGCGCAAGGAGUACGGGGGCCUCGAUGUGCUGGUCAACAACGCGGGCAUCGCCUUCAAGAGUAAGAACUGCUGACACACACCAUUUCACAUUCAAGCAGAGGUGACUCUGAAAACAAACUUCUUCGGCACCAGAGAUGUGUGCACAGAGCUCCUGCCUCUAAUAAAGCCCCAAGGCAGAGUGGUGAAUGUAUCCAGCUUUGUCAGUGUCAACUCUCUAAAGAAAUGCAGCCCUGAACUGCAGCAGAAGUUUCGAAGUGAGACCAUCACGGAGGAGGAGCUGGUGGGGCUCAUGAACAAGUUUGUGGAAGACACAAAGAACGGGGUGCACAGGAAGGAGGGCUGGCCCGAUACCGCAUAUGGAGUGUCGAAAAUCGGAGUCACAGUCCUGUCCAGAAUCCACGCCAGGAAACUGAGUGAGCAGAGAGGAGGGGACAAGAUCCUCCUGAAUGCCUGCUGCCCAGGGUGGGUGAGAACCGACAUGGCAGGACCCAAAGCCCCCAAAAGCCCAGAAGAAGGAGCAGAGACCCCCGUGUACUUGGCCCUUCUGCCCUCGGAUGCCGAGGGGCCUCACGGAGAGUUCAUUUCUGAGAAAAAAGUUCUGCAAUGGUGAGCUCAUUCACGGCUACACCAUGGAUCCAUUUAUAUUGCUGUCCCCGAUUCACCAAACAGACACUGACAAAAUUAUCGCUGUGCAGAAAAAAGAAAGAGGAAUCAAAAUAUCCAGAUCAAGGUCUCACUAGGAGAGGGCUGCUAAUCUUGUAAAGAGUUUUCUGACUUCUUCUGUGAUCCCAGGGGAGGAAAAGUGGAAUGGAUGACAAAUAAUAAAAAUAAAUAAUUCUUUAUAAAUGUC